ACCGGAAGUUGUAAUGGUUGUUGAUAAUCCCAUUCAUAAAUUUUACGAUUAGUUUAUGAAUGAAAUCUCAGUUACAACUUUAGAAGAGCAAGGAGAAAGUCAUGAAAAUGAAUUUCAUUAAUAGCUAUACAUUUUUCAACAAUCUGGAACAGCAUUUAUCCGAAUCUACAGAUAAUAUUUUAUUAAUUGAUACGAGAUCCUAUUUAUCCUACAACGAAGAUCACAUCAUUGGUGCUUGCAAUGUGUAUUGUCCUCCUAUCUUAAAAAGAAGAGUCAGAAACGGUGGAAAAAUUCGUCUUGAAUCGAUGCUUGGUUGUGAAAUACAAAACAAAUUAAAAACUGGACAAAUUGGACGAAUUUACAUGUAUGACGACGGAACCUACUUACAGAACGGUGAUGAGAUGUCUGAUAUGUUUAUUGUAUGGACCUCCAUGUGUAAACUAGUUAACAGCAAAAACUGUUUUAUACUUCAAAGUAGUUUUAAAGAAUUCCAAAAGACAUAUCCACAUCUAUGCCAGACCACCGACUAUACACAGGUACAUGAUACAACGGUAGAGAUGGACAAAGCCUGUAGACGAGCCUUGUACAGAACAGACUCCACACAGUCUGAGCCAAUAAUGCUAAAGGACUAUUUAUAUAUUGGAAACUCUGCUAAUGCCUCAUGUAAAGAAGAAAUGAUUAAUCUAGGAAUAACUGCCAUUUUAAAUGUCUCCAACACGUGCCAAAACCAUUUCUGCAGUGACUUCCGUUACAAGACUAUUGCUGUUGAAGAUGAUGGAUCAACAGAUUUAGCAAAGUGGUUUAGAGAGGCCAUCCAAUUUAUUGACAAUGAAAAAUACCGUGGAGGAAAGACUAUGGUUCACUGCCAUGCUGGUAUAAGUCGGUCCGCUACCAUUUGUUUGGCAUAUAUCAUGUACAACGAAAAAAUUGAUCUAAAUACAGCGUUUGAGUAUGUGAAAUCCAGGAAACAUGAGAUUUCACCAAAUUUGAGUUUUAUGCAGCAGUUGUUGACCUUUGAAAAAGAAGUUCUAUGCAAAACACCGACCCCUGUAUCACCGUGUCGAUCAUGUUCCGUUCCAGCUGGAUUCUCCUUUUAUAAUUUUGGUAAUCUGUCGUCUCCAGUGCUGGUAUCACCCACAGUAGAUUUCACCUGAACAAUGGCGACUGUAUUUCUAUAAAACAACUGCCUAAUCAAGUAAAGGUUGACCUGUGGAAGGUGUUGAGAGAAUCCAAUGGUUGUGUUCAAAUUCAAUAUAUGCAAGGACUUUGAAGAAAGUUUGAAAACUGUUAUCAGAUUUGACCAAAGAUUGACCAUCCACAUGAUCAAUGGUGGCACCAGAAUUUUUAUUUUUAUAAAUCAUUGUGAUUGUAUAGACAAUGUACUAUCAGGAUCUAUUUUAUAGUGUUGACUUUUUUAAAAUCAACUGUUGCUGAACUGUUAUUAUUGUAAUAGACUUGAAAUCUUAUCUCACAGACACACAAAAAAUGUAAAUUUUAUUUAAAUCAUAAAAAUCCUUUCUAAUCAUUUUAUUUCUUGCAAAAAUUGUUGAUAUAGGAAAUGUCAAAGCUUUAUAAUGAGGGAAAAUUGUCAGUUUGUGGGCAGUUGAUGUACAAAAUUGUAGCAAAAAAAAGAAAGAAAUAAACUUUAAAACUGUCAAGCCAGUUUAAUAGGAAGAAUUGGGAGCUUUGUAAAAUGAUAUCAUUAAUUUGACCACCAAUGAAAUCGUUACUCUAGACAGAUUUAUAUCUUAUAAAAAGUGCUUGUUAAAAUCUGUUGCAUAAUAGUUGUUUAUUUAUUGCACAUUUUAUAUAACUCAAACCACAAACAAAAACAUAAUGAAUUGUAUCACAAGAGAGAACACUAUUUAUAUGGAAAAUUUUAAAGACUGAAUGCAAGAGAGUUGGAACAAAUUUGAGAUGUUUAAUUAAAAUAUGUGAAUCUUUGAGUUGGCAAAACACGGUAGAGCCUAACUUGCACACUGGUACAACACUAGUGAAAUUUUUUUAAGAAUGUGCCACAUAGUUGUACAUCAUCACUCCAUUGAUCAUGUUGAUAUUUUGUUGUUACUAUGAAAUCCAAUUGUUAUACAGUUAACAUGUGACUGUGAGUAACCUCAUGUCUAGUCAUUCCUUUUUUGUCAUGUUUUAAUAAAACUUAUUGUUUAAAAUA